AUGUCUGACAACCAGGAUCGUCCUGAGAAUAAUGAGGGAAUCGAUGUCAAUAAUAACGAAGCCCUUGAUCAUAACGCGAUCCAAGCAUCGUCUUCAUCACCAAACGAAGAAAAUAAUGACAAUGCUGAUAGCGAGAAGCAACCGGACUUGGCUCCUGCUGAUGAAAGAUUGUUAGAUUUCCUCCUCCAGACCCAUAAGGAAACAGAAGACAACGAAGCCAAUGAAGAGCAUGGUCAAGAAAAUAAUGGACAGGAUGUUGAGCUUGUUGACAAAAACAGUAAUGAUGAUCAAGACAAUAACAAUCAAGAAGAUGCAACUUCAUGGCAACAGACUCUCGAAGCAACUAUUCAACAAUCUCUUGCCGAGUCUUUGGGUACUGCAGCUUUAACCAAGGAUAGUACGAAUGAUGAUAAGCAACUAUCUGAUAAUAAUGUCACAUCAGAAAAAGACGAUCAGGAUCAGAACAUUGAGGCUACUUCAGUUAAUAACAAUGAGGGAGAGACUUUGAAUAAUGCGGUCAUGAAUGCUUUAAAUCAGUUUCGUGCUGAUAUUUUUCCACAGGAAUCAACGGAGAAUGAAAAGCCAGACACCGAAGAGAUAGGGGAAAAUGAUUCCGAUAUCCAAGAAAUUACAUCUAUACACAGUCAACAAGAAAAGAGCAAAGAAAAUGAUGAUAAAUCGACUGAUAUGACAACUGCUGAAGUAGUUGAAGAAAACCAAGCUCAAGUGGAACCUGAAGCAGUACCGAUGCAAGUGGAAAAGGAAUCUGAUGCUGCUGAAAAUACAACACCUCCAACCAUCACAACCGAUCCGAGUAGGAUCUUGGAAGAAAUCACAGCAACAAGCGAUGAUGAACGGCAGCGGGAUCAGGAACAUAUAGCGGAUAAAAAUGUAGCGCCGUCACCAUUAGAAGAAGGUCAGCCGCGGCGAGCUGACUCCUUAACUACUGAAGAUCAAAAUAAUGAACAACAACCAUCAAAGGAAAUUGAAGAGUCUUCCAAUGAAGCUGCAACCUCUCUCACCCGAGGCUUAUCAGUCCUUGAAAAAAUUAGGGAAGUUUCAACAAUACCGUAUGUUUCUGCCAAUCAAGCGCAAUUAGCAGCUUUGCCUUUGAUUAUUACAGCACCAAAUGACUGGCCAUUCGAAACCCAAUUAAGUGUGAACUCUCUUCCUAUUCUUGAUAAUUUGGCCACGCAGUUGUUAAGAAUAUAUGUCAGUUCCUCAUACGAAGAUAUCGUGGCCUAUACUCAGCCUAUGACGAUAGAGGACCCUGAAAAUCCAGAGAAUGUGAUUGAGGCCGAAUUAUCACCUGAUGCAGAAUCUUUCCAAGCUUUAGUCAGAUUAUUUUCUAUCGCAAGAAGUGUUUACACCAGAACAGAAAAGGACUUUAUUGGUAUUGAAGAUGUUGCCCCGGGAUUUUGGAAAAAUGGUGAAACUGCCCCAUUAUUUGUGAGCGGUCGAGAAGAAAUCUUUGACAACAGUAUAAGAAAAGCGAAUUUGGCAACUUUUAUUUGUGGUGUUGUGAAUUCCAUUGAAAUGGAGUUUGUUUCAUUAGACGAAAACUUUUUGGAAGUUUUUUGUCCCAAUGACACUUCUAAUUAUUUGGUAAAUGUGAAAAAGGAUUCAAUGGAUGAUAUCGUGAGUAAUGUGACAGGUUAUGGUAUUGCUGGCCGUCUAACAAAGCCACAAGCUUCAUUGUAUUUGGAAUUGAAAACCCAGGCCUAUAUUUCUGCGGUAAUGGCCCAUGAAUCUAAAGAAGUUGCCGAAGCUGACUUGGAGCAUUUAUUCCCAGAUAAUAUCGAACAAAAUCUUUUGUCGCGUCGUCAAUUGAAACAUCUAUCGUCGAUAGAAUUGGAUUUUGUCAGCAGAUGUAAGUCAAGAAAAGGAAACCUCAGAAACAUCAGCUCAAUUGAGGACUUGAUUGAGAGAUACAGUUUUGAUUCAUUUGUGAAGAAGUUGUUGGACUAUAUGAAGACUAAUCUCGGCUUUAUUCUUUAUGGGAGAAAGCGUCGCACCAUUUCGCCCAACAAGACUUUGUGGGAUGCCAAUAGUGAACAUGUUACUGGUAGUACAUUCUCCAGUAUUUAUAAUAACCGAUUAAAUGGAAACAUGACCACUUCUGCUAUGCUAGCUAACUUGAACAGCCGCAAUAGUGUUACCAGAUCAUCAAAUGAACCUUCAACAACUGAAGCCUCUGGCGAUACAACAAAGAGGGCUGAUUCUCCGUCGGGUGCGACUUCUGCUACUGGCUCUAAUGCUGGAGCAGACACUCCGGUCGCAAUUUCCAACGGAACUGACGAUGAAACAAACAAAGAACCGACUAGCAGCAACUCCGUUUCUGAUUUAUCUAAUAAGAGAACUUCUAGUGAAAUAUUGACGCCAACCAUGCAAAAUGGUGCUAGUAUGCCAGAUAUCGUCGCCACUCAGCUAACUAGGGAGCCAGUAAGAAAGAAGCCCCGGAAGACUACAGCAGGGCCUGGUGGCAAAUCUGUCCGUAGACUAUGGACCCCAGAAGAAGAGCACGCGCUACGCGAGGGUCUCAAGACUAAAGGUGCUCAUUGGGCUGGUAUUCUUUCUAUGUAUGGUAUGGACGGUACAAUUUCCGAAGCACUCAAGGAUAGAAAUCAAGUACAGUUAAAGGAUAAGGCCAGAAAUUGGAAGAUGUAUUACUUGAAGGAGGACAUCCCUUUGCCAGACUACCUCAAGGGGGUUACAGGCGAGUUAGCUUUGGAUAAACAGAAAGGUAACGGAAGAUUCCUUGGUAAGAGAAGAUUAGAGAGAAGAAAAGGAGCGACGCCGUCACAGAUUUGA